AUGUUCUCGAGUUCCGUUGCUCGUCCGCUACAGCUCAUCACCCGCGUGAUGCAGUGGUCCAGCGCUGUCAUCGUGAUGGGCAUCACCUCCUACUUCAUCCACCGUGGUCCUCGCGGCCAGCAUAUCAUCUACCAGGAAGUCAUCUCAACAAUGUCGGUCGUCUUCUUCCUCCCCGCCUUCAUCUCCCCAUUCAUGCCCACGGCUUUGAGCAAAUUCGUCCUCGCCAUCGACGUCAUCUUCUCAUACCUCUGGCUCACGGCCUUCAUCUUCGCCGCGCAAGACUACAACUUGAAUAACUGCUACCUCCACGCCCCCCCGUUCCUCGACUGCAGCAAGAAAAAGGCCAACGAGGCUUUCAUCUUCUUGGCUUUCUUCUUCACCUUCGCCGGCAUGUUCCUCGAAGUCGCGUCGCUCUGGGCAUCCCGUCGCGAGAGUGCGCCUGCGCCCCUGCGCGAGAAGAAUGGGCACGGGGCUGUGCCUGCGACUGCGACCACGACGACGGCGGUUUAG